AUGAGUUCUAAGAAUGGCGUUCCUGUGACAGAGAUUGGACACGAUGGUGAAACAAGAACACUCGUGGAUGGAUAUGAACAACAAGGUUCUUACACACGAAAUAUUAAAUAUGGUAUUUCCAUGCAAGAUAUUGUUACAAUUAUGAAUCAGUCCAAGAAUUGUGAGCAGUUUAUAAAAUAUGAAUGUUAUCACAGCCUUUUACACCGUGAAUCAAUUUCUUAUGGUUGGUGGGUAUCGCGUCAAGGUACACAAAUGAAUUACUGGGGUGGAGCGGCAGUUGACAGCGGCAAAUGUGCUUGUGGAAUGAACAACACCUGCGCAGGUGGGAAAAAAUGUAAUUGUGACAAAAAUGACAAGAAAUGGCGUGCAGAUAGUGGAUACCUGACAGACAAGAACAUUCUUCCUGUAACUGAACUCAGAUUUGGAGAUACAGGUUCUGGACCCCGAGGAGAGAAAGGAUACCAUACGUUGGGGAAACUGCGAUGUUGGGGUUAG